UGUCAGUGCUGAUAGCAAUCGAAAAGAAGAAAACGUGAAAUGUCAAAAUUGUGCAUAUAAAUUUUGUUCUGCAGAAUUUCCAUUGAGACUUGUAAUUCACCACGUUGUUCGCUACAAUGGCCGAUUUGGAUGAUUUUUUCGCGAAAAAAGAUCGUAAAAAAUCAAAAACAAAAAAGUUUGCAACAGCAGAAGAGCUAGCUAAAAGUAUUGAGGAUACAUCGAAGAAAACUACUGAGGCAAAGCCACGGAAGGUGACCCCGAUCGUCGAAGGAAGUGAACCGAAAGCUCCCGAGCCAGUCGAGGAAGAAUGGAAAGAGUUCGAGGAAGAAAGAAAAGAUUACAGUGGUCUCAAGUUGGCUCAACUGAACAUCUCGGAAGAGGAUCACAUCCAGACAAACUAUACAGGCGACGAAAAUGUAUCUACGCCGGGAGAAAAUGAGGGUGAAAAAAGUGCAGAAACUGCUGAUCGAAAAGCCUCUGGAGCAUGGAAGUUGGUGGAUUCAUCGGAUACCAAUGAAAAACAGCAGCAGCCGCCGCAACCGCAACCUCCACAACAAUACAUAGCACCAGCAUUAAAAAGUCGUUUGAAAAGUAAGAAAGGAGCACCCGAUUUGAAAAACGAAGAAUUCUUUCCAACGCUUGGUUCCGAAGUGCCGGAUCCAGCUCGAAGCAAAAAAGAUUCCACAUUCGAAGAAGUGAAACAUGGUGGUCGCGUCAGGCCGUCGGAUAUGCCAUCAGCGGCUCCCUUGUCCGUAGGAAAUAGAUUUACUUCACUAAGUAAUGAUGCAAGCUAGAGCUCCGGUUCGAAGAUUGCCACUUGUUCUUCUCCCGCUAAGGAACCAGAGCCUCUAUCAUGUCUGGGUUCGAUCAUUUUCCUCUGGCACCGGUCAGUUAGUAUGUUAGGUUUUGAGUCCAUUUUUUAUCUUUCCAAUGCAAAGUGGCGAAAUAUCCCUAGAAUGUGCUGUUUAGACUGCUGCUUAAUACAAAUUAGAGAAAGAGUAUAUUGAACAGCGUUCGUUCUUAUUGGGUGUUUCAUUUUAUUCAGUGCUGGAACACAAGAAUUUUGAAUUCGGUGUAUGCGUUCAGAACAAAAUUUGCUGUAGUUUCAACAAAUCGAACUAUCCAUGCAUUAAUAAAGGCUAAAAUAGUGAUGUUAUUGAUUCUCUAUUGUUUAACAUGCUUCCCUAUUGAACAACACUCUGUUAUUCAAAAUUAUAAGCCCAAUGAUUCAUGCGACCUGUUGCAACUUACUCAUACUCUACAAGAAAACUUAUUUUCGCAAAUUGCUAUCGCUGCAUUGGUUUUGUAUUCAAUAAAAAUAUGAAAACAAGAAAA